AUUUGACAGUUUCCUAUUUUGGUGAUUCAUUCAUAAUCAAAGCAAUAAAUUUUGAUACAAAAAUUCAAAUCUCAUAACUUUUAUGAAAUUUUCAUCGUAAAAUAAGCAGAAAGCGUCUAAAGUUCAUAGAAGCUUUCUUCAUUAACUCUGCACAGUACUUUGUCAGGUUUCCAGAGUUUUUACGAUGCAGGAAAACCGUCCGGAACUGUACGAGGAGGUCAAGCUAUACCGUCACGCCCGGGAACGGGAAAAGUAUGACAACAUGGCCGAUCUAUUCGCGCUGGUCUCAACGCUACAGAAUCUCGAAAAAGCCUACAUCCGAGAUUGUGUGACCCCGCAGGAAUACACGGCGGCUUGUUCAAAGUUGCUGGUCCAGUACAAGGUGGCGUUCAAGUUGGUGCAGGGCGACGAGUAUCCCACAAUUGAUGCAUUCGUGAAGAAAUUUCGUCUGGAUUGUCCGGCUGCAUUGGAACGACUUCGCGAGGACCGUCCCAUUACGAUCCGGGACGACAAAGGAAACACUAGCAAGUGCAUCGCCGAUAUCGUAUCGAUGUUCAUCACCCUUAUGGACAAGCUACGUUUGGAGAUUCGGGCCAUGGAUGACUUGCAGCCGGAAUUGCGAGAUUUACUAGACACGAUGAAUCGACUUUCACUUAUCCCCGAUAAUUUUGAGGGCAAGGAAAAGGUGUCCACCUGGUUGGCAACGCUGAACUCGAUGCAGGCCUCGGAUGAACUGUCGGAAACACAGGUGCGGCAACUGUUGUUCGAUCUGGAAUCGUCCUAUGCGGCUUUCAAUAAUCUGCUGCAUUCGACCUAAGCAUUUGAAUGUUGAUCUGACCUGGGACUAGAUCAAGACUAGUUACUGAUCAAAUAGGAAUUUGUUUUAUAGAGGAAGCAUGAGGUGUUGUAGUCCACUAGUUUGAUGAUAUGGAUAAGUGCUGAAAGAAAGAAGCGUAUAUUAUAAUAUUUAAGAGAUAAUAAAUAUAUCGUUUAUUCCAUAAUUUAUGAAAA